GACACGAGCAACCUUGGGAUCGACGCGGCAUGUCGUUUUUAGUCUGUGUCCAAGCAGCCAGGCGAUAAAUAGCAGUUGGUGGACUCGCUCUCAAAUUCCCCUUGAGGCUGGGGAGUCACCAUCGUUGUGUCAACAGCAGUGUCUCGCUUUUGGUUGUCAUCGCUAUAACCACCACAUUCGUUCACAAUGGUCGCCAUCGCCCCAGCAGCAGCAGCAGCGAGCACGCUGGCAAUUCCAGUCUUCUACCAGCCGCUCAUCGACCAACAAGUCAUCGCCAACAUCUCCUGGGGCACACCUGCACAAACACCCAUCCCUACCGUUGUCGACACGGGAAGCUACGGCUUUUGGGUUGAUGGGCCAAAUGCAACAGUGAACUCUGGAUCUCCCUACCUCGGCGUGCUGGGGCCGUGCAACCAAACGGCCCAGCCCGCCUUCAACUGGCGCGAAUCCAGCUCACACACCGGCCCCUACGACGAGGGCAAGGCCACAUAUGCGUACGGCGGCGGCGGCAAGCUCAUCAACUGCCCGUACGCCGUCAACGACACCAUGAACUUUGACGGCGGCUCGCCCUCCAUCGACAACGUCCAGGUCGCCAUCGCCGACUUCACCCUCAUCAAGGCCCGCAGCACCACCUGCGACGGCGCCCACUACGACAAGAGCAUCCUGGGCCUGGCUCCAAUCCCGGCCAUCGCCGGCGGGCCCGAGCUGCGGCCCGAGCUGCUGCGCCAGGGCCGCAUCGGCAGCUCCGUCUUCUCCAUGUGGUUCGACGCGCCGCCCGCCGACCUCAACGCGCCGCAGAUGGGCAGGCUGCUGCUCGGCGGCGUGCCCCAGGACAAGCACACGGGCGAGCUGGUGACGGUGCACAACGCCGGCCUCGACCGCCAGGAGAAGGGCUACUACUACGUCGCCAUGCCCGAGGUGCGCGCCGCGCCCAUCAACGGCUCCGGCCCCGCCAAGGCGGUCCCCGUCGAGCAGCCCGACAAGCCCGCGCCCGACUGCCUCGUCGACUCGGGCACGUGGGGCCUCACGCUGCCGACCUCCAGCGAGGCCUUCCUCCUCGCCACCGGUCUCGAGGAGGACAAGCCUUUCAUCCUGCCGCGGUACCCGAGCGCCUGCGCCGACAUACCCGCCGACGCGGGCAUCGAGCUCGUCUUCCCCGACCGCGACGGCAACAAGAACGCCACGGUCAAGAUCCCCUACCGCAGCAUGGCCGAGGGCGCCGGCCAGGUUCCCAACACCUGUCGCUUGAACGUGCAGCUGAGCGAUGUGGGCUGCACGUUUGGCGGCACCUUUUACGCGUCGGCGUUUAUUGCUCACAACGACGACGACGGCACGUUGCAGAUCGCCCAGGGUGCUGUCGCUGGCUCAGUCUAAGGUCUGCUGUGAUUUGGACUUGAUGCGAUUAAUAGUAAUGUCUGGAUAGUAAUGAUAAAGUAAUAAAUUUCGGAAUGACAUUUGCCAUC